AUGGAGCCUCCUAGCAAGAGGCCGAGGCUCUCCCAAAGCCUUGACCAGGAUGGUGACGAACUAGACCUGAACAUUGAGGACUUGGCGCUCGAUCGUCAAUUCCAAAGGUCUACAUAUCGAUCUGCCUUCUCAUUCAAAUCGACAUUGGAGAACAUCUUUGAAAAAUACGGCAGAGACUUUGGUGAUGAGGGGGAUGAAAUCGACCUCAACACAGGCAAGAUCACCGUUGACAGAGGCCAUUUCAGAGGCAUCUUCGGGGACAAUCUGCCAGUGGCCGUUGGAGACAAUGGCGCAGACGUGGCCGGUCAGGGGGAUGAGGAGGGAGAGGAAGUGGGUGACGAUGACGACGGCAUAGACCUCAACGAUCUUUACAGCGAUGCUGAAGAGGACGACGACCAAGAAGAGAACGAGCAUGAGGAAGGCAGCAUCGAUCUCGAGGCUGACGAGGAUGACGAGGGGGAAGCCAGUCGCAUCUUACCAUUGGACGCCAUCCCAGACCUCCCCGAGAUACCAGAGCCUCCGCAGCUACCUCCAUCUUUCAGUGCACUGGAAUCAUCGGUGAAGGGCGGCCCGUCGACGUCCAGUACACUAUUAGGGACCCUGAACCGACUAUUGACAAUGGCAGCGGCAAGUCGUGGUGCCGCAGACCCGUCCUUCGACCCCCUGAGCGUCACCAAUGAAUUGGUGGAACCAGCCUGGAGAGUCCCUGCGCUGCCACCAUCACUACUGCAGAGAAAGCCAACGGGCCCGGUAAAAACGAAAAGUAGCGCUGCCCUGAAGUCCAUCGUUUGCAAGUCGCGCCCUAGAUCAAAUCAUGACACCGACUCUGAAGAUGAAAUCACAACACGGGCAUCCCACAUAGGUCCGGAACGGACUCCCUCAAAUCAGCGGAAUGUCUCAUCACACGAGUUACAAACUAGAUCGGCUACCAGUCCUGAGAACACUGGUUGUACAGAAAGAGUACCCAACCAAGAAUCACAGACAAGGCCAACUUCUCGGUCCGCAAAGCCAAAGCACCGCGAGCCCUACUCCGCCGCUGCACUUAAAUCGCCACCACCCACUGAGGAUGAGCGAGACGUCAUUGAAUCUCACUGUCUGGAGGCAGACGACUCGCAACGACCAUUGAAACGAAAACACGAAACCAUUGUUAUUAAUAUAAUAGACGAGAGGCUCCAAAAGUUGGAGCAGAGUAAAAUUUUGUUAAAUCCACCUGUUGAGGCACCUCGGCCAGUUAGGCAAGGAGCGUCUUCUAGGGACGAAAGCGUUAUAGAGUCCUGUCCCAAAGUGUUGGAAAAUUCUGAAAAUUCAAACAGGCCACAAGAACGUACAGAUGAAGGGUUUCUCGAAACCAGCACCGAAUCUGCCAAACAAAUACCUGGUCAAGCGAGUACUGCUGAUGAAACAGCCAGAGUGAGCCCAAGGCUGCCUUUAGAGACCGAGAGAGGGCCAACAAAGCAGACGGAAGUGCCGCCUGAAACCUUUACACAAAAUUAUGUCGACCCUUCGUACGGCUUUUCUGACGAGGAAUAUGGGGGUUGGGUGCCAGCUCCCAAGGCCGCUGGCAGGGGCCGUCGCCGAGGUCCUCUCAUUCUUCGACCAAGAAGCCUCUCCCCUGAGCUGGGCUCUCCUCCUCGCCCUGCACGUUCACCCCUCACAAUGCCAGAGCCGGUUGUCGUAUCUGCUGAUGUUACUCUCAGCAGUCAGUCUCUCAGCUGCACUGAACCGGAUGCUGAAAAAGAGCCUCGACCAGAACAGCCGCUCGUGGAAGAUGCAGAACAUCAAAGCACGCCCCCACCGGCAGACGAGGAUGAGAGGCUCUCGAUUCUUAUGGAGAACCAAGUUCCGGAGGUGGCGCCAACACCAAAACCUACGAUCUUGCCCUCCGUGGCAGUUGAGGAGGGCGAAGCAUCUCAGUCAUGGGAGCCAUCCAGACUACGGCGGUCGGUGGAUGAACCGACGCUGGAAGAAAACUUCUGCCCGGCGAAUGAGCAAUAUGUUGAGCAAGUGUCAGAGCUGCAUCUGGAGAUGGAGCAACAGAGUUCAACAGACUCAAGUCUCAAUCAGCCCGAGAUCUCGCCUAGGCAUCUUGUUGUCCCUCAGAAUCAACCGAGCCCCAAAUCAUCUGCCCAAAGUCUUCCCGCGCAGCGUGGAGAUAAGCGUUCUUCAAACAAACAGGGCUCAGCAUACCUCCCCAGGCGAACGCGGAGGCAAUGGCCGCCAAGGGGUAGCGUCCCUGACGAAGUGUUACCAUCGCAGGAUCCCCGGCCGGCGACACCAAGUCCGUCUGCCGCUCCGACUCCCAGCGGAAGAUCGGUGAGGUCAGUAGGCUCGCUUCUGUCUCUGAUUAACGACGGGUCCGACGAGGACGAGCUCUCGACAUAUUUUACCCCACGCACCCGCAGUGUUGCCAGCAGCGGCGGGUAUGCCGGCCCAGCACGUCUCUCCCGAGAGACCCUGUCCUCUCCGAUCAAGAAGAAAACGCCAAAGUCUCUCAGUCGGCGCCUCUUCAUGACUAAAGCCAGCAGCAGCGCUCAUGCGAAGCCGAAGCCGUCGUCGUUUUCGCUCUUGUCCGGCGCGCAGUUCCACACUACUCCGCUCACCCACCGCGGACGUGGACCAGGCAGUAGAAGCAGCAGCAGCGUGCGGUCGCGCCUCAACUCGAGCCCCGUGAGGUCCGUGGUCCAGACUCCAGGCGGAUCGAAGCGUCGAUGCGGCGAAGAAGGCUUUCGGUGUGAUCGUGACUGGUGCUUUUUUUGUAUUGGCGACCAACAGUAA